AUGCAGAGAAGCGGCAAAGCACUGAAAGCGUCUUUCCGUGGUAGUUGGGUUUGCCGAAUAAAAGUUAACAAGAAAAACGUGCCAGACCGGGACUCAUACACUCACCAAUCCCAUCACAGAGGCCACGUUUCCCGAGGGAUCGUUCAGCAAUUGGAGCACGAGAGAGAGUGGACUUUUGAUUUUAAUGUUGCUCUUAAGAAUAAAAAUAAAAAAGGCUUAACGCAGUGCUUAUGA